AUGUUUUAUCGUUUUCUGGUCAAGGAAGAGCAUAGGGACUAUCUAAGAUUUCUGUGGUAUCAAAAUAACGACCCUACGCAAGAGCUGAUCGACUACCGCAUGAAGGCACAUGUGUUUGGAAACAGCCCGUCGCCCGCUGUUGCCAUGUUUUCCUUGUGCAAAUCUGCAGAAGGAGCUGAUGACGACGUCAAGGACUUUGUUGAACAUGACUUUUAUGUGGAUGAUGCUAUUCUAUCUCGUCCUACAGCUGAUGAAGCUAUCGACUUAAUCAAAAGAACACAGAAGGUUCUUCGAGACAAUGGUAAUAUUCGAUUACACAAGAUUACUUCCAACAGUGCGGAGGUGAUGAAUUCUUUUCCGGAGGAAGAUAGGUGUCAAGGUUUGAAAUCGUUGGAUCUGGAGGAAGACGUUCUUCCCAUACAACAUAGUUUAGGCAUGUCGUGGGAUCUUAACAAGGACAUAUUUAAGUUUGAUGUCAAUGUCAUAGAGAAAACUGGAACGCGCCGCAACAUGUUGUCAGCGCUCAAUAGCAUAUUUGACCCUAUCGGCUUCAUUUCACCAGUAACUAUUCAUGGACGUAUUUUGUUAAGGGAACUUACUACUGGUACUGCGUGGGACGAAAUCAUUUCCGACGAACAGCAAGAGAGAUGGAACGCUUGGACUUCUUCACUUCAACACUUGGGAGACGUGCAAAUCCCUCGUAUGUGUGUUCCUAUAUCUCUGACUACGGCGAAAUCAGUACAACUUCAUAUCUAUUCAGACGCAUCCGAGAAAGCCAUAGCGGCGGUAGCCUACGUCACAUCUAAGGACGACAAUGAAACUCAUACGGGAUUUGUUAUGGGCAAGGCAAAGUUAGCGCCCUCUCAAGGACACUCAAUUCCCCGACUCGAAUUGUGUGCUGCUGUUUUGGCCGUAGAGGUUGGUGAAACGCUUAGCGACGCGCUUGAUAUUCCGCUAGAAACUAUUAGAUAUCAUAGUGACAGCAAAGUAGUGUUAGGGUACAUUUAUAACAAGACCCGAAGAUUCUACAAUUACGUCGCAAAUCGUGUCGAGAGAAUUCUACAAAGCACUCGAUCUGACCAAUGGUCCUACGUUUCCACAAAUAAAAAUCCAGCAGAUCAAGCUACUAGAACUUCUGUUACCGCCGAUAAACUUGACCUCAGUAUGUGGCUUCAAGGACCAAACCCGGUGUGCGAGGAUAGUGAAACAGAAAAAACGUUGAUAGACCCCGACAUUGAUAAAGAAGUCAGGCCGGAGGUUGUGAUUACAUCGCGAAAGACUUCUGUGGAGAAGAACUUUUCGGAAAGAUUUAACAAGUUCUCGUCAUGGCAAAGACUUAGUAGUGGUAUAGCAGCUCUCAAGAGAGCUAUUCGUACCUCACCUACAAAACCGCAAAUCUUAUGUGACAAGAUAGACAUGCUAAGACAAUCUCAGGAAUUCAUCAUUGGACAAGUUCAAAGGGAAUCUUAUCAUGAGGAGAUGUCUUGUCUUAAAGACGGAAAACCUAUCAAUACAAAUAGCUCUAUCAGGAAUCUCAACCCUUUUCUAGACUCCAAAGGACUUUUAAGGGUCGGAGGUCGUUUAAACAAAGCCGAGCUUCCAGUAGAAGAGACUAAUCCUUGGAUUCUCCCAGGCAAGAGUCAUGUGUCAAGGUUAAUUGUGCUUCAUUACCAUGAAUCAGUUUGUCAUCAGGGUCGCAAUAUUACAGAGGGUGCUCUUAGGAGUAAUGGUUUCUGGAUUGUAGGAGCCAAAAGGCUCGUAUCGAGCAUCAUUCAUCAUUGUGUCAAAUGUAGAAAACUUCGAGGAAGUGUAGAAAUUCAACAGAUGGCUGAUUUACCAGCGGACCGUCUUCAACCUGGACCGCCGUUUACAUCCGUCGGAGUGGACGCCUUUGGUCCUUGGUCCGUUGUCACCAGGAAAACGCGGGGAGGCGCAGCAAAUUCUAAACGAUGGGGUAUUCUGUUCACAUGUUUGACAUCUAGAGCGAUUCAUGUCGAAGUUGUAGAGGAGAUGAGUAGCUCGUCGUUUAUCAACGCUCUCCGUCGUUUCGUGGCCCUCAGAGGCAAUGUCCGUGAAUUCAGAUCUGACCGUGGAACUAAUUUUAUUGGAGCAACGGACAGCCUUCAUAUAGAUGCGAUCAAUGUCACCGAUAGUCCCGCGAACAAAUAUUUAUACAAUUCCGGUGUGGUGUGGAAAUUCAAUGCUCCCCAUUCCUCCCACAUGGGAGGGGUGUGGGAAAGAAUGAUUGGGCUUGUGCGUAGAAUUCUGGAUUCAAUGUUGUUAGGUGCCGCAUCUAAGUGUCUCACACACGAAGUGUUAGUUACAUUCAUGGCCGAGGUGUGUGCAAUUGUAAAUUCUAGACCGGUCGGACCGAUAUCUACCGAUCCAGAAUCACCAGAAAUUCUGAGUCCGGCAGUCCUACUAAAUCAGAAAGUAGGCCAAAGUGAUCAAAUAUCCUCUGUUUCCGUUUGUGAGAAAGAUUUCUACAAGUCUCAUUGGAAAAGGGUACAACUACUAUCGGACGUGUUCUGGAAAAAGUGGCAUGACGGUUAUCUCCAAUCGUUACAACAAAGAAGGAAAUGGACAAACGCUCGUCCCAACGUUCGUGUCGGAGACGUCAUUCUUCUAAAGGACAAAGGACUUCCGCGCAAUGAGUGGUCUCUCGGUUUGGUACAAAAUGCUAUACCCAGCGAAUGCGAUGGGAAAGUUAGAAAGGCUGAAGUGCGUGUUGUGAGGAACGGAAAAUCAACUGUGUUCGUGCGACCUAUCACCGAGAUGGUCAUUCUUGUUGAGAACAGUAACUAA